GAUUGGUUCGCCAUGUAUGACAUAUGCAAGUUAGGUAGCAGUGCCUCUUAGAAUGGGGUAUUAGUGACAUAGCCUCAUAGCUGAAUCACUCCAGUUCUGUUACUCUUUCUUCUUCAUCUUCGGAUAGCUCAUAGUAACGCCUGUGUCGGCUCCUCUGUAUAUCAGUAAAGUAACAUAUCCGGCUUUUAAUGGAAAAUGUCAUCACAAAACUCAGUUAGCUUUGCUUUUCAAGCGGAUGUCGCCAAUACCGGCUCUCUACUCCACCUACUGACGGGUAAAGCCCUCAAAGCUCUGAGCGACGGCGGAGUCGAUUUCUACUCUGUAGUUGUCGCUAUCACUCUCGGCAAAGGCUUCGAGGUUCGCAAUUCCUUAGGAAACACUGUCCCCGCACAUGUCAAGUCCAAACGUGGUAUUCAAUCCGUUUUAUCGAAAAUUUUGAGCAUUGGAUGGGGCCAGCCAGAGCUUGCGAUUGCAAUGACACAGACCAAAGCAGGUGUGAAUGCUCUUGUCCUGAUUGACGCUAUUGCCUAUGGAUCUACCUACUACCAAGCUGCUGAGUGCUUUUCAAACCUCCUCUCACUACGAGGCUGUGAAGCUGACAAGUUGCCUAAUGUCGACGUACUAAAACAUAUGAUCGGCUAUCUCGCCCCCUUUCUUCUGGACCUGGGCUUUUCAAGAGUCGUCGCACAUAUUACAACGACUGCAACGCGUGCUAUAAACUUGAACAAUUGCGGGCAUGAUGAAUGUCUGGGACGCCUUGCAAGAGCUGGGGACGCGUCAAGUGUUGCGGGCGCUAUAAAUCAACUGAUGCUGACCUCACAAAGGAAAGAGAGUAAUUAUAUGCCUACACGCAUGAGGGGCGCUUGGUUUUCAGCAUUCGCAAGCCAUGUACUUGGGAUGGCAGUCGAGUUACGUCUUAAUAAUGCCAUCAUAUGGGAAAGUGCAGGAAGCAACGGAAUUGCUAUUUUUGAACUGGGGGAGUAUCAAGCCGAUGACUCCCACUUCCAGGCCAUUAUAGGCCAGAGGGUUACAAUAAUCGAAUUACCAGAUCCCAAAGACCAGGACUCUAUGCUUGACAGCUGCCUCCCGAUCGAUAUGGCUUUUGCAUCACUGAUUGCUCGCGAGCCAAAGAUUGACAUUUUACUUCAGCAAGAAAUUCGUCGGGCGAUAUAUCGGCUCAGCUUGAAAAUGCGAAAACAGAGCCUAGAACAGGUUGAGAUGCCACGUCCGUGGUGUUAUAGGGAUUUCGAAAUAGCUAAGGCACUUAAAGAAACGCUUAAUGCCUUCGGAUUCGAGAACGCUAUUUUUGAUUCCGUUGAUAAUCAACCACCUACAGAGGAGAUGCCAAAUGCUAUACAUAGCAUAGAGGCACUAGGCCUGGAGGCAUACGAUAGGCUAAGAAGCGCCUGUGGGAGCCAUGGAGAUAAUACUCCUGAGAACAGAAUCCGUUCGCCGGACUUUUAUAUGAAUGAUGAGCCGCACUUUCAUAUAAAUGUUGAGCCGCACUUUUAUACGACUUAUCUAAGAUCCGGCCGCAAGUAUGAGUGUGAUUGUUCUCUGUUGUGUGGAUAUGUUAACCGCCUAAUUGUUGGGUUUGCGUCUUCUGCAAUACUUCUAGCACAGUGCCGGUUUGAUGCCAGCCAACUCAGCAUUCACCCGGACAAUCUUCUGAAUCAGGCAUGGCGUGGGCACUAUUUAACCUACGGCUUUCAACGAGAUGAAGAUCUCUUGAGAGAUAUACUCUUAUUGGUAGAUAACAGCAAGGUGGUCAGAGAGCAAAGAAUGUCUAGCCACUUCACCUUGGGAGUUUCAGGUAAAAGCUUUACAGUUUGCUAUACCUGUAUACUAAGCUACGACUGUUUCGACAGCCAGGGUCGCUUCUUAACUGUGUUACCCGGUUGUGCAUCUGUAGCAGGUGCCUUUAGAUCCAAAAUAUUAGAGAACGAACCUGGUAUACCUGGGCAGUUUUCAAAAGUUCCCGUUUCAACUCUACUCGCACCAGGGCUAUCUCUCAUGCCACACCAUGCUCCCUCAGAAAAUCAUAUCUUCAUGGACGUGUCAUUUGACGAAAGAAUAAUUUCAUUGUCAUUCAAAGUUGGAUACAAAAAGGCUUCUGCGGGAAACCUAUCCAUCGGGAUAUGCAUCGAAACUUUUCUGAGAACACAGGGUGUGAGUUGCCCGCAUGAGCCUACAUCGGAACUACGGGUGCAAAAGGACCAAAAUUUAGCAGUUGUUGGAUUCGGAGCCCUAAGCAGCAAAAUAGGCAGAAAUAAGAAUGUCACACAUCUGAUAGCCUUGCGCGGCAAUAAGCUCGAGCAGCUCCUUACAUUUGGGAUGCUCGAGUCAUACAAGGAUACUCACAAUACGGGAUUCGUUUUCCAACUUACGGCAUGUCUAAAGUGCUGCAUUGCAACUGCGAAGAACGAGGGUAGUGAUCUUAUAAUCAUGGGUGGGUAAGUACCGAAGGUAGUUCAGUAUUACGAUAUUCCUCAGAUUUAUGUAGUUACUACUACUUGGAACUUACCCUUGAAUUUACGAGGCAGCUGGCGAAGAUCUGGAGGGCCUGCAGAUCUACGAUGACCCUCAUUGCGAUGAAGCAGUCAACGGGUAUAUGUCCCUUAUGACAUAUUAAAAUCAAAUAACCGUCGGCACAAGGAAGCUCAAAAUCAAACGGACACAAUUAAUACACAUGUAUUUGCUGUAACCUAUCUCUAAUGGAAUUUUGGUCUGUCUAGAGCUGAAUGCCUGAAAUCUUGGAUGUAGCCAUUAAAUCCAUACCCAUAAUAAGUACCUUAGGUAGUCAGAGGAGAUGAAAAAUUAUGCACUGGCUAAGAUUCGAGGAUAUGGACAGUGAAUAAUAGAUGGAGAUAUAUGUAAACGAUAGCCUCAGA